ACCAAUGCACGGCAAAGAGACUUCACUUUCUUUUCAAAUUCACUGCUCUUUGCCUCUUUCAUCUCAUCUCCUCAAUUGAAUUCAAAAACUUUCAGAUCCAACAAAACACAAAUCAAAAUCAAAAACUAAUUUCUUCACUGAUCGAUCGAUUAAUUAGAAAAUUACAGCUAUAAAUAAUACGCGCAUUUACGCAAUAAUAAGUUCGAGAUGAAUGGAGUGGCGGAAUGCAGCGUUUGCCACUCGAAAUUAGGAGUUUCGCCUAACACGAGAACGGUUUCUAAAGCUUACGAUCAUCAUCGCACUGAUGUGUCGUUGAAAACACGCGCUUUCAACGUUUUUUUGGUUGUCGGUGAUUGCGUGUUGGUCGGUUUACAGCCUAUACUUGUAUACAUGUCUAAAGUUGACGGCAAAUUCGAAUUCAGUCCCAUUAGUGUUAAUUUCUUGACUGAGUUAGCAAAAGUUGCAUUUGCAGUAGUAAUGCUAUGCUUACAGGCUCGAAGCCAGAAGGCCGGCGAGAAGUCUCUUCUCUCUUUCUCCACAUUGUUCCAGGCUGCUCGGAACAAUGUGCUUCUGGCUGUUCCAGCUUUGCUUUAUGCUAUUAAUAACUACCUGAAGUUUAUCAUGCAGUUAUAUUUUAACCCUGCUACUGUAAAGAUGCUGAGUAACUUGAAGGUUUUGGUAAUUGCAAUCUUGUUAAAGAUGAUUAUGAAACGUCGUUUUUCCAUAAUUCAGUGGGAGGCUCUUGCACUAUUGCUUAUUGGCAUCAGUGUGAAUCAGCUGCGCACUUUACCGGAAGGUGCAACAGCUUUGGGUCUUCCAGUGACAACAGGGGCAUAUUUGUAUACCAUGAUUUUUGUCACUGUUCCUUCACUGGCUUCUGUCUACAAUGAAUAUGCUUUGAAGAGCCAAUUCGAGACUAGCAUUUAUCUUCAGAAUUUGUUUUUGUACGGAUAUGGUGCAAUCUUCAACUUCCUAGGCAUACUUGGAACUGCCAUUUUCAAAGGACCUGACACUUUGGAUAUCUUACGGGGACACUCACGAGCAACAAUGUUUUUAAUAUGCAACAAUGCAGCUCAGGGAAUCCUGUCUUCGUUUUUCUUCAAGUAUGCAGAUACAAUUCUGAAGAAGUAUUCAUCAACUGUUGCCACUAUUUUUACUGGAAUAGCAUCUGCUGUUCUGUUUGGACAUACCCUUACUAUGAACUUCAUCUUAGGAAUCUCUAUUGUAUUUAUCUCGAUGCAUCAGUUCUUUUCACCUCUUGCAAAGGUCAGGGAUGAGACACAAAACGACAGUUUGGAAAUGGAUUCUCAGAACAACUACAGGUCAAAGGAUGGAUCCUUCAUAAAUAUGGCCGCUGGAGCAAAUGAAGAUGCUAGCCAUCGCGUUGGACCUGAUGAGAAAGAACCCCUUCUUCCACAUUAGGUAUUACAGUCUCAGUUGUCAGACAGGUUGAUACAUAGCGGACUUUCAAUAUUUAGUUGAUAUGUUUCAGCGUCUUUGAUGGGUGGUUUUAGAGAAGGUGUUAAGACCUGUGUCAUUUACUAAUAUGCCCUGGCCAAACUUUAGGUCUGCUAUUUGAUCCCAUUUAAAUUGAUGAUGCCUUUAGACAAAUCAGGUUUAUAUCUAAAAGUAUUUGGCACAACCUACUCUAUAUUCCUAAUUAAAUAUUCAAUAAUAUUAUCUUAGCAUCCCAAUCAUGUAUUUGGCUGAAGCCCACAUGCAAGACUCUUGUCUUUUGUCAAUGGAUGUAGGCAUUUGCCAGUGAUAUCAUUAUAUUUGUGUAGGAUUUCCAUAGCCUUAAAAACCUCCUAGUUGCCAACCUUGUACAUUUGUUUACAAUGGUGAUUGUGU